UGAGGCCGUCCUCGGCCGAUGCGGUCAGCGGGUCACGUGAGGGUUGCCUACGCGCGGUGGGGCCGGGUGCAGAUGGCGGACGCCGAGGCUGACGCGGCCCUGGCGCCGGAGAUGCAGCGGCUCCGCUCCCGACUCUGGCAGCUGCAGGCCGAGCUGAGCGACCAGGAGGUGUCGGAGGCUUCGUCGGGCGCCUAUUGCCGGGGCUUCUGUCAGACAUUGCUACAAUAUGCCGGCAACCGGGGUGCUUCGGAGCAUGCCUUGCCUCUUUUGGAAGUCUACAGUGUCGCCAUUCAGAGUUUUGCCAGUGCCCGACCUUACUUGACUACGGAUUGCGAAGAGGUCCUUCUGGUUCUUGGCAGGCUAGUGCUGAGCUGUUUUGAACUAUUGCUUUCUGUGCCUGAAAGCGAAGAGCAGUGCGAACCAUUGUCAGGACUCUUUCAGUCUAUACAGGAUUCUCAUAAUGCUUUGCUUCAGUUUGGAGACAACAGCCUCGAAAUACUGGCUGACAUCGCUAAGGAAGGGGUGUGGAAGAACCCGGUUCUGUUUAAGAUUAUAUCACAGCAGCCGGUAGAGUUAGAAGAAGUGAAUAAACUGAUUAAGAGAGAAGGACCAGCCUUCCUGCAAAUGCGGAUAAAACACUUGAUGAAGACGAACUGCAUUCCCCAGGCUGCUGCCUUGUCCAAGCUGUGUAAAGAGUCCACCGAAAUUUCAAACGUCUCGCCUUUUCUCCAGGCCUACAUCACAUGCUUGUGCUCCAUGCAUCCAAAUGAAGAGUCUAUCAAGGAGAUCGCAAAAGUGGACUGCAAAGAGGUCCUGGACAUGAUAUGCAACCUGGAAACAGAGGGGCAGGAUAGGACUGCAUUUAUUCUCUGUACGACAUACCUCACUCAGCAGCUUCAGACAGCAAAUGUGUACUGCUCUUGGGAGCUGACUUUAUUUUGGAGCAAAUUACAACGAAGAAUCGACCCAUCUUUAGACUCCUUCCUGGAGCGUUGUCGACAGUUUGGCAUCAUUGCUAGAACGCUGCAGCACUUGUUCUUCCUGAUAAGAGUCAUACAAGCUGAAGCAGAAGACUCGGGCCUUGCCGUGUCUAUCUUGUUAUGUGUGAGAGCCCUUCAGCUCCGAUCAAAUGAAAAUGAUGAUAUGAAGACCUCCGUGUGUAAAACGAUCUCUUGCCUUUUGCCAGAAGACCUUGAGGUUCGAAGAGCUUGCCAGCUCACUGAAUUUUUACUGGAGCCAAGCGAGGAUGCUUAUAAUCUGCUAGAACAGCUGCACCUGCAGCCAGAUCAAAAAUUUGACGAAGAGAGUGCUCCAGUUCCGAACUCACUCCGCUGCGAGCUCCUGCUGGCUUUGAAGGCUUAUUGGACGUUCGACCCAGAGUUCUGGGACUGGAAGACUUUGAAGAGGCACUGUCUCAAGUUGCUCGGGAAGGAAGUAUCUGACUCUGACGACGAUCUCAGUGGCAACGAGAUGGGGUCCAUGAAUGAAAAUGAACUGCUAGACAGUCUCCUAAGUGAAUGUGAAGACGUCAGGGAAGAUAAUUCCUUUGAAGGACACGAUUUAUUGAAUCAGGCUAAAGAGAGAGUAAGAGUAAAAAAACCUAUUGGCUCUUCUGAGAGGUACCAGAGGUGGCUUCAGUACAAAUUCUUCUGCGUCAUUUGCAAAAAGGAGUGCAUAGAGGCGAGAAUACUGCAUCAUUCAAAGAUGCACAUGGAAGAUGGCAUGUACACAUGUCCAGUGUGUAUAAAGAAGUUUAGAAGGAAGGAUGUUUUCGUCAAGCACAUUGGGGAGCAUGUGAAAAUGCCUCCAAGUAGAAAAUACCAUGCUAAAAAGAAGAUCCUGCUAAAGAAAGAGAGGCUGGCAAAGAGCAGCCUGUCUAGAAUGGCUUCUGCAGCCCUGAGCAGAAAUAGGAUGCUGAAGAUCACGCCGUGUGACACAGCCCGAAACGACGCGCAUGAUUACGUCACAUUCAGCAAAUUAGAAAGCUGCCACUUGCAAGACAGAGACCUGUACCCAUGCCCGGGCACGGAUUGCUCUAGGGUGUUUAAGCAGUUCAAGUACUUGAGUGUUCACCUGAAAGCUGAGCACAAGAAGAACGAUGAGAAUGCAAUGCAUUACUUGGAUAUGAAGAAUAAGCGAGAGAAGUGUUCGUACUGCAGGCGCCAUUUCAUGUCAGCUUUCCACCUGCAGGAGCAUGAGCAGGUGCACAGCGGCCCUCAGCCCUACAUGUGCGUAUCAGUGGGCUGCUAUGCGAGGUUUGACUCUGUCAACAAGCUGUUGCAUCACAAACAGCAGCAUAACGACUUGCGCUACAAAUGCGAGCUGAAUGGCUGCAACAUCGUUUUCAGCGACUUAGGGCAGCUUUACCACCAUGAGGCCCAGCAUUUUCGGGACGCAUCUUACACGUGCAACUUCCACGGUUGUAAGAAGUUUUAUUAUUCGAAAACCGAGUUUACUAAACACCUUUCCAUGCAUAUUUCAAACGGUGAAAUGAAGGACACACCAGUGAAGUGCGAGGAGCACGUUUCGGACGCCUGUCUUGCGUGCCUUUCAGACUCGGAAGACCCUGAGCCAACAGAUCGUUCCUGUGUACAUGAGGAUGUCAGCUUGCCAUCGGGGUCUGCAAAUCCAGAAGGAGUUCUAAAAGUUAAACAAGAACCUCUCACAGAUGAAGAGGUAGAUGGGAAAAGCAACGGCAGUUUGGGCAGCAAGGUUGCGACUCUUGCGAAUAUGAAACCCGUGUCUUUAUUGACUGAGGCAGCGAGCCCUGGCCAGACAAUUCCUGACAUUCUGUCACCUCACGAGAAAGUCUUCCUCCCAUCAAACUUCAAGGAGCGUUAUUCAAACGUGGCAGUCUAUUUUGACGGCAGAAGGUUUACCUGUGGCUUUGAAGGCUGCGAUUCAACAUACAAAAAUUCAAAGGGUAUGCAGAAGCAUCUUCGAAGGGCUCACCCGUACCAUUUCAAACCUAGGAGGAGGCUGGGCCUGAAGGCUAAAGAUCAUGGCUGGCUCGCUGAAGGUCAGCAUAACAGCACCACUGGAGAGAUGAGUUCAGAGCUCAGGCAUCUUUUGGACACCCAAGUGGACUCUCCUGGUAGUGUAGAUGGCAAUAGCAGUUCUAAAACCAAUACAUGUUUCAAGCAAGAACUGUGCCCCUCUUCCCCUGAACUUCCCCCUUGCCAACAUUCUAAAGUGUCGAGCGCAGAAGACUCAAUGUUGGAGCUGCUCUUGGGCUUGAAACAUUUGAGUUUGAAAAAUUCUAAUAGUCGCAUUGGGAACUCUUCCAGAUUGUUUUCCUCCAAGUGCCCCAACUCCGAAGACGAUUCUACCUCAGACCAUUUCUCCGAAGAACACCAAGGCAAGUUACCAAACCAAUACCUUACUCAGCUGGCAGCAAAGCCAUUUUUCUGCGAACGCCAAGGUUGCACGUGCGAGUUUGUGACCAGGGAAGCCCUCUUAACGCAUUAUGUUAGGAAACACAAUUAUUCCAAGGAGAUGGUGCUUCGAUUGAACAUGUUUCGGUAUCGAUACUCACCGUUCAAGUGUCAUAUUUGCAAAAGGUCAUUCACAAGGAAAACACACCUUAGAGUCCAUUACAGAAACCAACACAAACUUGGCAAUGUGUCGGCAGCUCAGAAAUUGUUUAAUGACAGCUUUGAGGACUUGGAGGGGUGUUCAGAGGACAUGCUGAAUAGCACUGCGGGUUCCAUGUCUUCGUUUUAUACCAACACAGAGGAGGAACUAGAUGACCAAGUGAAACUUGCUGGGGCCCAGCAGUGUCAUCCGAAAAAGGAAGAGCUUAGUUCCGAAACUGAUUUGGAGUCAGGUGAAGAAACGGAAAGCUGUGUGCCCAGGAAGCAGGCAAAACUGUCAGCGCUCGAAAGCCACAGGAAAGGACUGGAAACGAAAGAAGGGAGGGGGAGCAAAAGAACCGUUGCCAAAGGAAACCUGUGUUAUAUUUUACAUAAGUACCAUAAGCCAUUCCAUUGUAUUCAUAAAAAUUGCAAUUCCGCAUUUACUAACCAGAAGGGCUUGAUUCGCCACUAUCAGAUUGUGCAUCAGUACAACAAAGAGCAACUCUGCCCCGAAAAGGACAAAGCGCGAACAAAGCGAGAACUUGCCAAAUGUAAAAAAAUAUUUGUUUGCAAAUAUAAGGAGUGUAACAAGCGCUUUCUGUGCUCUAAAUCCCUCACUAAGCACUGUAGUGACUUUCACAACCUCGAGCCCGGGGAGGAUUCCAAAAUGCUUUCUGAGACCGAGGCAAUGCGAUUCCCUUGUCACCAUCCCCGGUGCCCUGCUGCAUUUUAUUCCUUCCACAAAUUGAAGCAUCACCUGAUGGAAGAGCACUCCAAGGAAGAAGAGCUUAACAAAGACAUUGAAAUCCAUUGUGAUCUCAAUGGCUGCAACAGAGUUUUCACAACAUACAGUCGUUACUCACAGCACGUUUAUUUUAGGCACGGCGACUACGAAGGUGUCUCCGGCGAUGCCAAAGAGAAAAGGAACCACCUGAAAGAUGGGGUGGAGCAAAGCUACUUGAGAGAGCAGUGCCUCAAGCACAGAGCAAGCAAAAAAAGGAGACGGAUCCGUGACCGAACAGAGAAAAAUAAUAAAAAAAAUAAAGAAAAGCCGAUUUAUAAUUACAGAACUAGGGAAGAAGCCCUACAGAUGUGCAGAGACAAUUGCAAUCAACCCCAGUAUCCAUGCAUGUUUCAGGGGUGUCCCUCAGUGGUAAAACUGGAAAGCAGUAUUGUGAGACACUAUAAGCGUACGCAUCAGGUGUCCAGUGCUUAUAUAGAGGAGCAGUAUGAGAAACUUGUGUUUUUUGUCAAAUGUGGUACAGUGAUCAGUGAUGCCUGCCUAGAUGUACGUGAAAGGUCGAAUAAAGAAGCCAACGGAGACUUCCACGAGGAGCUGGCUGGGCAUCCAGUGUGUCAGCAUGACCCAGAAGAGCGUCUUGUUUCCAGUGAGGAUGAUGAUCAUGACGGCGAAGGCAUUAAAAAUGGCGUGCAUUCCGAAGGUGACAAGGCUGGCGAGCCGGGUGUCUUUCCAUAUGCGGGCACUUUUAAGUACAGCCAUAAUUCAAAAGCUAGGUGUUCAGAAGACUGCAGUAGUAGAGCAGUGUCACCGUCCCGUCAGCCAGAAGAUUCACCUGAAAGCGACGGGCGGGAGAACAGCUCUUACCGUUCUAGCUCAGGUGCACCGCUGCCAAGGGAGAAGGAUGUCAAUGACUGGCAGCAGGUGUCGUCCCAGCAGAGCGUUAAGAGGCAUCUCCUGCUUGCUGCAAAAGACAAAGUGCAAAGGCAGCCGGCGCCCAAGCCCUUCGACAUCAAGUCCUUCAAACCAAUGGGAUUUGAGUCGUCAUUUCUGAAAUUCAUCCAAGAGAGCGAGAACCGGGAUGACGACGAGGAUGACGACGAGGAAGAGGAAAAGGCUGAGGAAGAAUGGGAGCGUUCGGAGCAACGUGAACUAGACUGCAUGCUAGGGAAAGAUAAAGACUCCAAAAGGGAUGCCACCAUGCAGGAGCGGGUUACCUACGAGAGUGUCCCUGUGGCCACCAUCUCGAAGAAGAACGGUGGUUCCAAAGCUCCCGGGCAGCUGAGGGGCAUGCAGCCUCUGUUGUCAACAGACUCACCCGCUCUCCCUUCUCUGGAAACCCUGAGGGCCAUAUUGGACAAGGCGCUAACAGACUGUGGGGACCUGGCCUUAAAACAGCUUCAUUAUUUACGACCGGUAGUUGUUCUCGAAAGAUCAAAAUUUUCCACGCCCCUCAUAGACUUUUUUCCAACAAAAAAAACAGACCAACUUUGUGUGGGAAGUUCAUGAAUUGUUGUGUUUUAUUUAAAAGAACAUGGUGGGUGGGUGGGGUGGGGAAAGAUUUGCCUCCACUACUGCUGAAGGGGGGGGAGGGAAAGGGGAAUAUCGCUAACUGGUUCAGUGCACAUGUUGUUGAGGUUAGGUUAGGUUGUUCAGUUUCCACGAAUGUACAACAUCUGGCUACAGUAUUGGCUGAGUUACUCUAGCUCCCCCGUUUAAAAAAAAGAAAAAGAAAAACCCUGAUAUUUUGGUGCUAAUUAACAGAAUAUUGAAGGGUUGGGGCCCUUCCCUCUUGCAAAGUUAACUGUGCAUGAUUGUAUAUGGAAUAAGUAGGGUACCAGGGUUGAUUGGGAGGGGGGUGGGAAACGGAGCUCUUACUUGACUUGAAUGUGCACCUCGGAGUGCUUCGUGUAACAUAUUGUACACUACAGCAUCUUAUAUUUUUUGAGUUUUGAGUUUCAAUAAAAGGAAUUUUUUCACCCAUUUUUUUUUAUUUUGGUUGACUGUACAGCCACAGCUUGUCCAUAGCUCAUGAUAUAUUUGGGUUGAGUUUGAGGAUUUGUUUGGGGUUUUCUUUGUGUAUAAUGAAUUUGGUACCUUUUACAUGAAUGUGGAACAAGUGUGUUUAUGUCUAAAGAUGGCUGGAAAAGUGGUAGCGUAGCCUGUUGACGAGAAAUGGGAGGGACAUGAGCAAGUUCUUAAAAGUUUAAAACGCCGUAAGGUAUGCCAAGAAGGAGCAAGGAGCAGCCUCGUUACGAAUCUGAAAAAUCUAGAUUCUGAAGCGGCUUCGCACAUCAAUAAUUUGGCAACUGCUGUAAGUGAUCUAAGCCAUACUGUGCACUGUGAAAGAAGACCGCUAUUCUGUCCUGCCAUGCUCUGGGCUGCUAGCCGGUCUAAUUUGCGGCUGGGAAUUACUUUUGACCUCUGGUAUAUACUUUACCACUGAGACUGGUCUGCAGAUCUGCUGCGGAGGGAAGGUUAGUGCCACCAAACCACAAGCCUGCUGUCUUAGCUCCUACUUAAUGCUGCAUGGAGGAAGACAAACAUCCCCCACCCCUGGACUCUGGGGUUGUACCAGAUUGCAGAAAUUUUUAUUUCAUAUUAAUUGAUAGGUUAUCUAUCAGCAUCUGAUAGGUUCCUUCCAAAUGAAUAAGCAUCUCACCCCAGCUUGAUUUUCCAGCAGCUAGCAUAAUGUUUUUUCCUCCCAAAGAUUUAAAUUUCUGAUCAAGUCAAUCAGCUUAAUUUACAGAUAGCAAAUAUCAUUGAAGGCACAGAGUGAGUUUGUACCAACUGCAGCCCAGUCCUGUGCAUGUUUACUGUAAAGUUAGACUGCUGCCUUGGGUGGGGGGAGAACAGAUUGCAGGUACAUAUUGCAUAGAAUUGCAGCCUUAAGAAUCCUUGCCUGCUCCUCCUUAUGCUUGGCUGAUUUCAGUAAAAGAACUUGUCCAUUCUUGGUGGGGAGAAAAAGAAUCUUGAUUUGGCUUUAGCUGCCUUUUAAAGAACUCCUUCUUGCCAUACCUUACCUUCUAUUCCUGUCUUCAGUAACUUUUGCCAAAAAUAACACACGUAUACAUGUUCUCGUCAGUUUCUUAUUGGGGGCUCCACUACUUAAAAUGAUACCCAUUUACUUGUAAUAAAUUUUUAUACUACUGUUUAG